UAUAAUAGUUUAAUUCAUAUUAAGUUAUUAGCUUUAAAAUAUCUUAAAUAAUGUAGCCUACGCUCCGCACUAGCAGAGCGUACACAUAGUGAAAUAUGUUCUGUUUGUGUAUGUUUAGUAAGUAAGGUGUUCUAAUUUUCUUUUAGUUUAGGUGCUACUGGAGGCGGAGUGGGUGGCCCGGUGUGGCCAGCCACCACGAGGGGCGCUUGCGUCCCUGGUCAGAAGAUCCAGAACUGCAGAACAACAAACAAUGCGGACAUUUAAGUCCAAGCGCCCAAACCCCGCAUGGUAGACUCUUUCUGCUCUGGCCAACUCUUCUUUCUGAACCAUCCUUCUUUCUCCCGUAUUGAACCUGCCUGAAAUUAAUGCAUGAAAUUUGGCAUCCCGCAUGAAAGUGCCCAGGGUUUUCCCUGUGUCUAUGCAGGUUUUACCUGGGCCCAACUUAUCUAGUAGUUUAGAGUUAAGAGUGAGGGGAGUUAGGCAUGGCGCCAAUCGCUGCCAUGGCUGGCCAAUCCCCUCCUAGCACACGAUGAAUGCGACCCUCUCCCUGCAUGGCUAAUCCCAGCAUGACUAAGGCGUAUAGGCUUCGGCCUGAGACGCACUUAGGUCCCUCCCUAACCCGGACCCCUCCCAAAUACACUUAGUUUUAGUUAGGUUAGGGGAAAAAAAAAAAAAUCGGAGCUUCAGUGUGUUCUUAGAGUUUGAGUGAGUUAGUUCGUGUGUGAGUUUCGCUUCUACCACGAUUCCUACCGCCAACGCUACAUCAUCUUCUGCAGCUCCACUUCAUCGUUUUCUGAGUUCUCCGUACGUCUAGCUUCCUUCGCAUGUUCUGUUCGUUGAGACAAGACUACCGAUUGCUGUGAUGGCAUCUACCGCGCAGAAAUGUCGUUUCUGCCCUGCUACCUUCACGGCAGGCAACAGCCGCUACCAUCACGAACGUCAGUGUGCUGACAACAUGCAGCGUGACUUACAGCAGUGUCAUCUGUGUGGCAAGAUGGUCGCACGCAGCGACAAGAUGCAGCAGCACCUGUCAACAUGUGCUGGAGCUGUCGCCACGACAUCAGGCAUGCGGUGCAGUUUAUGCUAUAAGGUCUUCGCCCGUGCUGAUUUUGCUAGACGUCAUGAGAAGUCGGCUUGUGGCCUCAACCCAAACCGCAUAGCACAUACCUGCGACAACUGUGCCAAGGAGUUUGCCAGGGCUGACAAAUUGAAAGCCCACAUCAAGAUGUUAAAGGGGCCUGCUCCGCCUCCAACAAAGAAGCAGAGGAUGGUAGCAGUUAAGCCAGCAGUACUGCCUAAACCAUCGACCAGCCGAACAAAGGUGGUGACCGGCAUGGGUUUGGCCAAUACCCACGGCUUCAUCACCGCCGAAGUGGGAUUCAAGGGCAACUUGAAGACUUACAUUGCUGUAAAUACGUCAAGUUCUGCCAAGGACAUUUGUACGUACCUGAACUCCAUCAAGGACAAAAUAAUAAACCAACUUGUGGAGAAGAUUGAAGAGAACGGACCACUGAAGUUUAAUAACGUGCUCGAGUGCGACUACGAAAAACCAGUAGAUACCAGUGAAGACAAGAGGGCCUUCAAAACCAUGAAUGCCCCCCUCUAUGCAGUUCAUGAGGUGGAGAAGGUAGUUACCGAGUCCAUCUCUAAGAUCUGCAAGGAGGAGGAAGACUACAUGGGGAAGGGGUCCGGAUGGACUUUGUCGGCCGUUAAGCGACUUCAACUCCGAAUAAACAAUCUAGAUCCACUCUGUGACAGCUCCUACAUCGAGCUACCUGCAUGCAUCGUAACAAAACAUGCGGUGAUCAAUCCACAGAACUUCGAAGACCACAUGUGCUUUAAGUGGUCGAUUCUUGUGAAGUACGUGGAAGGUGUGCAUCCUGAACGUGUCAACCAGCGUUACCAUGACUUGGAAGAGAAAUUCAACUUCAACAACAUCGAGUUUCCUACUCCAAUCAAACAAAUACCACUGUUCGAAAAACAACCCUGGAGUCUCAAUUAACAUCUACAGUAUCGAUGAGAACCAGAACAUUGUACCUGCACGAGUCGCUCCUGAAGAAAAAGAACAUCAUUUCGAUCUUCUGCUCUUGGUUAAUGACAAUUCGUCCCAUUUCACCUACAUAACUAAUUUUUCAGCAUUGAUUCGGUCCCAACUCACUACUCAUCAUGACGCUAUCCACAUUUGUAAAAGAUACUUCAAGCAUUAUGAUGAUCAGGAAAGGGUUAGUGGGCUCACUGGUCUUCAGUGUUUGGCAAAACACAGUGAGCUCUGCAAACAGCAUGCUGCUGUUAGGAUGGAGAUGCCAUCGCCCGAUCAAAAUGGCUUGCCUCCUGUUCUGAAGUUCAAAACUUCCAUCAUGCUGAUAAGAUGCCCAUCGUGGUAUAUUGCGACUUUGAAGCUAUUUUAGAGAAAAUCCAUGCGUGUCACCCGAAUCCUGAUGAGUCAUACAUGCUGCAGUACCAAAAGCAUAAAGCGUACAGCUACUGCAUUUAUGUGAAAGCAGAUAAUACAGUCAUUCCAUCACACAUCACUUCUGCACUUCCUUCACAGCCUGAAGUAUACAGGGGGUGUGAUGCAGAAGAUAAAUUCAUAUCCCGCAUUGUGGAGAUUGGACAUGACGUACAGAAAAUAUUUUCUACAUCUGUUACUAUGACUCCACUCACACAUGCACAAAACACUGCUUUUCUGCAAGCAAGGUGUUGUUGCUACUGUGGGGGAAGGUUUGGAGGGGCUGUAAAGAAAGUUCGUGACCACAAUCACUUCACCGGCGAAUUUAUUGGGCCUGCAUGUAAUGACUGCAACCUUCUCAGGCGCAGACCAAAAAAGAUUAUUGUGUUCUUCCACAACCUGGCAUACAAUCAGAACUUCAUUAUCAGGAAGUUGGGGUAUGAUAGUAAAGACAUCUUCAUCAUUCCGAAUUCAGAGGAGAAGCUGAUAACUUUUUCCAAGAAGUUACAUGAUAAGUUCAGCAUUCAGUUUGUCGAUACGUUCCGUUUUAUGAGUCGGGGUCUCGCUUCGCUCGCCGAGUUCUUGCCUGCAAACAAGUUUAUAAGUACUGCUGAGUUUUUCGCCCCUGAUGAAUUGGGGUUGGUUACCCGCAAGGGAGUAUUCCCAUACGACUUCGUUGAUUCUUUUGCUCUGCUGGAUGAUUCUUGUCUUCCACCCAUCGAUGAUUUUUACAAUAUGCUUACUGAUUCUGGGAUUUCUGAGGCGGAUUACGCUCACGCACAAAAUGUCUGGGACAAGUUUCAGUGUGCUACUUUGGGGGAGUACGCUGACUUGUACCUGAAGACGGAUGUCCUGAUUUUGGCGGACGUAUUUGAGAAUUUUCGCAGUCUUUGCUUGGAAACAUAUAGUUUAGAUCCGUCUCACUACAUUUAUUGUCCUGGGUUCGCUUUCGACGCGAUGGUUCGAACCACAGGUGUACAGCUAGAGCUACUUACAGAUUACGACAUGUAUAUGAUUGUGGAGGCUGGUAUUCGCGGUGGUGUAGCGCAAAGCAUUAAACCUCAUUGCGUAGCCAAUAACGCCUACAUACCAGAAACACACGUUGCUUCCAAGCCAUCCACAUUCCUGGAGUACAUUGAUGGAAACAACUUGUACGGGUGGGCGAUGUCUCUGCCACUCCCCAUUCGUCAUUUCCAAUGGACAGACACAUCAAUUGAUGUCAUGUCUAUUCCGGAAAACUCCCCCACAGGCUACAUUAUCGAGUGUGAUGUGGAGUACCCUCUCUAACUCCACAAAAGUCACAAAGACCUGCCAUUUCUUCCCGUGAAUCAGUGUCCGUCCGGCUCAAAGCAAUCAAAGCUGAUGACAACGCUGGAAAAUAAAUAUCACUACAUCGUUCACUAUAAAAACCUACAGCAGGCAGUAUCGAAUGGUCUAAAAAUCAUAAGAAUCCAUAAAGUUCUUAAGUUUAAGCAGUCGGCAUGGUUGGAGCCCUAUAUUUGGUUGAACACCAACAACCGCAAAGCAGCAGCCAAUGUGUUCGAGAAGGAGUUCUUCAAUCUCGCUGUGAACUCGACAUUUGGCAAACUAAUGGAGAACAAGAGACGGAGGCUCAAAAUGGAGUUGGUGUGCUCCGAGAAGCGUUUUAAGAAGUUGGUGUGUCGUCCGUCCUUCAAGGACCGCAUGAUGUAUGAGACAAACUUGUCUCUUGUCCACCUGAACCAUGAGACUAUCAUUUUCGACAAGCCGAUCUAUGCCGGACUCGCAGUACUUGAUCUAUCAAAAACACUCAUGUACGACUUCCACGUUAAUACUAUGAAACCAAAAUAUCAGGAAAAUAUACAUCUGGCAUAUAUUGAUACAGACAGCUUUGUGUAUGAGAUUCAAACACAGGACUUCUACCAUUAUCUAAGAGCCGACCCUAAGUUCAUGUCUGAAUUCGACACCAGCUGCUACCCUCCUGACCACCCAUCCUUCUCCCCCAUCAACAAGAAAGUUGUUGGCAAAUUCAAAGAUGAAUGUGGGGGAGAAGUAAUGAGCGAAUUUGUCAGUCUGCGGGCCAAACUCUAUGCAUACAGGCGCGGUGGCAAGGUUGAGAAGAAGGCUAAGGGCAUCCAGCAUUGUGUGGUCAAAAUCCACAUCACAUUCGGUGAUUACCUGGAUGCCCUGCAAGACCACCGCACAAGGAGGGCAGGUGUUAGAGCCAUACGGUCGAGAAAGCAUGUGCUGUACAGCGAAUACAGCAAUAAGCUAGCCAUAACGUGGGAGGAUGACAAACGUUUAAUCUGUGAAGAUGGCAUCCGCAUGGUGCCCCAUGGCUAUAUCGGAGGCGACGAAUAAUUUUUUUUUUGUAAAUAGUUUAUGUUGUAAAUAGUUUGAUAGUUUGGUUUCUGUUUCCAUUCGUCGUAUAGUUUCCAUUUUUUGUGUUAUAGUUUUCAUUUUGUUGUAUAGUUUCCAUUUUUGGUGUAUAGUUUCCAUUUUUUGUCUAUAGUUUCUGUUUUUUUAAUA